AUGGCGCAAACACAGCCCCAGCAGUUUCCUGCCCAACCCUUCUCGCCGCCUGCCUCCAGCCCCUCUCCCUCCUCUGCAGCACCGCCCUCCAAUACCACCGCCAAUCUCGGCCCUCCCCCCAAACGCCAACGCCUCUCUCCCCUUCCGCAGCCGCAACCGCCGUUUGCUGCAGCGGGCUUCGGCACCCUACAACUGUCGCAAAAUGGUAGCCCUGUGAACGGAGUGUCCGCUAACGGAAUGGCCGCCUCCGCCACUCUUAACACCCCCGCGCCUCCAGGCUCCAUGGGUCCUCCUUCGCGACCCGUCGAUACGAAGCCAACCGAUGCUGCUGAGUUGACAGACGUUCUAGCGUCAUCUGGAAUCGACGUGCGAGAAGAAGAGGCGUUUCUCACCAGUGGAUAUGCCGCUGCCGCCAUUACCACCUCCCAGCCGGCGCGUCUUUUAAUCAAUCCCUCUACCUCUUUCACGUCUAUCCAGUCUGCUGGUUCAACAGUAUCACCUGGCAAUAGUUUUAGUGACCCUGCUGUUAAGCCUUCUCCUUAUCCAACAUCAACCAUCCCAGCCACAUUGCAGCCCACAUUACAGAAAUCUCCAGAGGAACUAGACGCGGACACAAAACUGCGGGAAGACACGAUCGCUAGUCGCCGUGAUCAAUACCAUCUUCAAGCCUCUUUUCUUCAAACAGCGCCGCUUGGGGAAAAACUACAAAAACGAGGUGCAGAGCUUGGUGUUCGCAUGCCUUCCGCUGGCUUUUUCCGGCCAUUCCCGAAUCGCCCUGUAGCCCCGAUCGAGAUUGUAGGCCCUGAUGGCCACUCCGUCGUUCGAACCGGCAAACCUGUUUUGACAACUGAUGCGCCUUUAGGGGAUAUAAUUGCCCUAGUUUCUUUAGCUUGUGAAGAGCGCGUGAGGUCGGUUGUUGAACACUCCGCUGUUCUAGCUAAAAAUCGAAAAGCUUAUUCGCAUGGCAAUGUUCCGCCUGAAUGGAAUGAUUUGGCUGAAAGUAAUAAUCGAAAAUCGAUGGAAAAUCUAAAUGGAUUUCCUAACCCAUCCCCCCAGAGUUCACCUCAGAAGCGACCAACAUCAACGACUGAUGGCCGAUCAAACGAUACGCGGAAAGUCACCUUUCCCAAUACACUCGCAAUGAAAAGUCGCAAAUUGAUUGAGAAAGACGGGUUGUACGAAGAGGGACGUGCGACCAAACGAGUAAAACGCAAUUCCGACGCAAUUUUGGGUGUUGAAAACGGUAGAACAGGGCCCGUUGGAGGCUUACUUUCCACCGCAGCUACCCCCACGGACCAGGCUGACGACAGGGUUCCGGAUAGCGAAAAGAAGACGAAGAAGGAGUCGAAAAAAUCAGUAUCCAAGGCGAAUGAGCCGAUACAGCACCGUGACGUGGUCCAAACUGCCCGCAUGGCUACUGGCGGCCUGACUACGUCGCGAUUUGGUGGCAAAAAAACAUACUCAUGGCUGACCAAUUCAGACGCAACCUCUGCCUCACGAACUAGUUUUUCCAAUUCUUCCCGAACAAAAGGUGGCGCUGGGUCGACUCUGCCGGGUGCUGGUCCGCCCGGUACCUUGAGCAAUGGCGUUCGAGCGCCCUUCGGACGAAGGCUAGGCGAAUGGCGCGAAGAUAAGGAGCGUGGUUCCGGCGUGCAGAUCAGGGAUAUUCUCUUCAUGCUCGAAGUGGAUGGAAAGGCUGCCAAACACCUACAAAAGGCCUACUCUAAAGAGUCGAAAGAAGAUGUCGAUAGACCCGGCAAAUAG